AUGUUUCAGCUUUGGAAACUUGUUCUCUUGUGCGGCCUGCUCACUGGGACAUCGGCAUCUCUUCUUGAGAGUCUUGACAACCACCUGGGUAGUGCUGUGAAUAGCCUGAAAUCUAUUCUUGAUAAAGGACUUGAUACUGUUGACACUACACUUGAAGCUGUCCUUGGGAAAGAGAAGGACGAUGUGGCCACAUUUCAGGAUUCUAAGGUUUGGCAAUCGACCAAGCAGAAGUUCCAGGAUGCUGAAAACUUGGUGAACAAUGGCUUUCCUAGUAUCUUUCCAGUUAAGGACAAGGAUUUGGGGUUGAGAAUCAGUGAUACCCACAUCCUGGAUGUCAGAACUGAACUGGCUCCUGAUGGCAAAACCCUUAACCUGAGGUUCCCCAUCACUGCUAAUGUCAUCCAGUCCUUGCCUCUCCUUGGCCAGACAGUCAACCUGAAGGCUUCUUUGGAUCUCCUGACUAGUGUCAGAAUUGAAACCAGUCCCCACACUGGCCUCCCCCUAGUGGUCCAGAGAGAAUGCAUCAGUGACCCAGCCAGUAUCCAGCUCACCUUGCUGGGCAGACGGAGUGAGCUGGUCAGCAAGCUCGCAAAUAUUGUGUCCAGCGUAACAAGAAAGACUGUGUCCUUCCUGGUGCAGAAGCAGAUGUGCCCACUGGUCCAGGCCAUCACCUCUGCCUUGAAUGUGGAUUUCAUUCAGAAUGCCAUCGAAGCUGCCUGGCAGAAUGAUGUAAGAAAGAAGAUGGGCCAGAUCUGA